CAGCUGUUCGACAAGUGCAUCUUGGCAGAUUUGAGAUGCAGCGCACUAGAACACCAUGUUCCGUCACACUUUCACUUUUCUGGAAUUUUCACUGUGCGUAUACGUAAUAUUCGUAGUGCCCCGUGCUUCAAGUGCGGCAUCUCAAGUGGUUUCAUUUUUAAUAAAAAGUAGGGAUAAAUAUUUGCACGGAACUUGGUGAUAGAAUUGCAGACGAGUGAAUUAUUUGUCACAGCGUGCUGAAAAAUGUUUUAAAUAUACUUGUACCACGAAAAUGGAAUACGUUUUUGUUCCCUCUGAAAAAAAGGCUUGAUAGCACGGAGGUGGAAUAUUUUUCUAUAAAUUAUUAUCUAUUAUUUUUAACUAUGUAGCAUUAUAUAUUUAGCUCAGGCUGAGAAUAAGUUGCCAAAUAAUUCUAGCUGGCAAAUAAUUAUAAAUUUAGCUCAGGCUGAGCAUUUGAAAAGAAGUUGCCAAAUAAUUCCGUGACAGUUUUGUGGAUUUGUCUAGCUUAAAUGCGUCCCUUUUCUUCCUCGAAAUAAAAAAGGUGAACGCUGUGCCACCGCGAUCGAAUAGAGAAUUUAGUAGGGUGAUAUUGUUGGUGCUUUUUAUUUUGUUGGCCCUUUGAGCCCAGUUCACUGAGCACUAAGGGCAUAGCAUACUUUCUGACUUGCGCCUCAUAAAAAUUGCAUAAUUGUCGUCCUCUAUGUCGCUGUUUGUGCAACUCUUUGUGGGGUUCUGUGGGUGUGGGUAUGUUUAUGGGUGUGGGUAUGGUUGUGGUUGUGGUAUGGUGUGCCACUACCAUUAGCCGGGAACUGGAUGUUUCCUUUUACGUGCCAUUUGCGGUCGCAUCUGGCACACAGCAACUACGUAAAGCGGGCCAAAACGAAUCUAGGUGCUCAAAUGGCCAAAAUUAUAGCGUCCAUUCGGUCUUUAUUGCGUGCUAUUUCCUCUCUUUAUUGGGCAGCUAAUUAUAUUGAAAUACUACAUUUAUUUGGUAAUGUGCAGCAGCUUAAAUGCGAGCGUUGGAAUAGAGUACUGCAUUAUAUAAAAUGUUUAAAUUAAAUCCUAAGCAAGACUUUUGGCAACAGCACUUCCAUUAAAUAAAUAUUUGCCAGCUAGCAUUUUUUCACUUAUUCGCUAUUACUUACUUUUACCAUUUGGCUGGGUCAUGAUUUCCACAUUUCUCUUUUCCACGGAGCUCAUCAAAUCCUGUGCACAUCACUACUUCCACCCCGAGCACAUGGUGCACCCUCUUGUCCUGGAUUGCAAUCCCAAUUCAAAUACGCUGACUAAAGGGCUUUGCUGGAAUAAGCCUCUGCGAUAUAUAUGGCUGGUUUCCUGCCCUACUCGCUUUGUUUCCUAUUUCAGUUUCCGCAGGUUUCGCUUAUCCCUUCAGGCGAAUUCUGAAUGCGAUGGGAUUUAAUUAGGAAGAAAGCAUAAUGGGGAGUCGGCUGUCCAUAUAGGGGUUUGCAUUAUACAUGAUCUGCUGCAGUCGCUGGCCCAACCUAUUUCCUGUUCCAGACUCACACUAAAGGAUAGAAGUCCUUUUCGGGUUUCAAGUUUAUGUUUUUUGCUCCACACAGCCAAGUUUUCACCGGAGCAUCUGGCGUGUUUUUGCACUACAGGAAAACUGCUUGACUUCGAAGUCAGUAGUAUUUCCAAGUGCUGUUUUCUAUAUAAAAAAUGCAUUGUAAAGUGAGUGGAAAACGGCACUAUUCUCAGCUCGGUGGCAUAAGACUUUUGCCAUUGGCAAAGUGUCAAAGUUUCUGAGGCAAGGUUGCGUAUACGCCCCGUUAGCCCGUCGGCUCAGAAUUCUGCGGCUCUGGUCGCAAACUUUAAGAACAUUUAAUUGGUGGCUUUAAGUGCAGGCCCACAUGUCCUCGUGAUUUGUUUGUGUCUAUUAAAACUUCCCUGGCAAUGCGGUUGGGCCGCCAGAAAAGUGUGAUGAAAUUUUGUUUCCACAACUUUUCGCAUCACUUGGGGGCUUUCGCCUUGAUGCUCUCCCUGCAAUGUUUUUCAUAAAUUCAAAGACUCAACAUUUUCAGUGCCUUCGUAACGGCUUUCGCAGGCUGUUGGAAAAGUGUCGGGGCAUGAAAUUGACAUCAAGUAUACGCACUGUGCGCAUUAGCAGGAUUUAAUCAGACAAAUCAGCUGGGAAAUCAAAUAUCCUCUCAAUUAUGUGGCCUGCACGAUGCACCUGCAAUAUUCAUACUUGGCAAUUACUAAUUGAAACAUUACGUUCGCCGCUGGCUAUUCGGAAUAUUAAUUGAGAUGAAUGCGAUGUUUAUAUAACGAACUCGCAAAUGACACAAGUACGACGGACCAAAAAAAGAACAUUAAAAAGUGAGGCACAACAUCCGUUGAAUGGGCAGGGCGAGAGGCUGGAUAUGGAUGGCCAUAUAGAUAGAACAACAUAUGAGAGAAACCAAUCAAAUCCACAGGCUGGGGACUUUGGGGCAUUGGGGGAUCCCCAAAGUGCUUCGAUGCAAGUGCGGUUAUGAGCCGAAAUCCAUUUACACUUGAAUUUGCUGUUGGAUAAACUGAAGUGGGAAGGUCAAGAUCUGAACCUUCAGUACGCCCAUAAACAAACUGGGAAACAAGGCCCUUAAAUAACAAAUGCAAUAAAUGGGAAGCAAUCCCACCCAUUGAAUUAGGCGUGUUUGGCAAGUAAGAAAAUGCUGAUUAGCGGAAAGGAAAACACGGCGAGAAAACAAGGCAUUUGGUUGACGGUCUGUGGCCUGGAUUCAAUGGAAAGCACUUUGUUAAGUAAACUUUCAGUUCAAGUGACGAAUACUUCUGCAGCAGACUGGGCACUCAAGAGUCCUCAGCUUGGACCCGGCUUUGUUCUGUCUGAUCUUUUGCAUCCCCAUCCUGGCUGAUGAGUUGAAACGCUGAUUAUCCAACUGGAACUGAGAAAUACUAGCUUUCAAAGCUGGUGUAUACCUGAUGGGUAAUUAAACAAGAACAAAGAAUUUUGGCCUGAAUGGAUGGAAUACUGAGGUGCGUGACAAACUUUUCGACUUGGGUACAAUGAUUUUUUGAAUAACCAACCAGAUGACAAGUUGUGGGUACAGCAAGUUUUCUCGUUCUUGGUAAAAUAUGAUUUGAAAAGUUUGUUUGCCUUUCGUAUUUGCUCUUAGAGCAGCUCAAAGAUAUCCGUUUUGUUUCGCAGCUUAGAAACAUAAGGAAGACAUGGAUCCAUGUCUAAUUAUAUUUUAAAACAAUCAUAUAAAUAUGUAUAUGAGUAACUGUUUUUAACUUUUCUCCAUAUAAAUUCAAGUCAUAAGGAACUUCAAAAUAAACAAGCGCAAACAGCAUAGCCUCAUUGCUCGACUUUUAUAUACCGAGCGAGGGAGAAGUUUUAAAUAAGCUUGAAUAUUACAGUUUGCGGAAAUAGUGUAUCAGCCAAGCCAUCAACUGUCAGCAAUCCUGCAGACUGAGCAUAAGGCUAUGAAUCCUGGGAUGAUGGAUGCAGGGGCUGCCGUGUGUGAUGGGCACCACUUUGGUUGCUGCCACAUGACUGCGACAUUAAAGGGGAAUCGGAACAAAUGGGAUUGGCAGGGGGUUCACGGGUUCACAGGAAUCGAGAAUCAUAAUCGAGACUGAACGGAAAAGCACAUUCAGCCGGCAGGAAGGGGAAAAUGUGCGAAAAACUGGCAACGUCGACGAAAUCGGGAAUAAGGUGAUGCGAGGAUGUGGAGGAGAUACACGUACGACCGAGAGCUAUGGCAACACGGAAGAGCAGCAGCAAGGAGGUCAAUGAGUUGACACGUUCUCAGCACAGCGACAUUCCGGCAAGCUGCAGCAUUGGAAGGACUCCCACCCACUCACUCUUAUGGAAGGACCUCAUUCGCUUUUGUUAUCCUGUGGAGAGCAAGUGAUACAGUUUUAUGCAUGUUUUCUUUCAGGACAUCGUUUUGGGCACACAUACCUUCUACGAAGCAAAACAGAAACGUAUAUAUAGUAUCUGUUACUGAUAUUCAAACAUAUAUCCGGAAAAUGCUGAAAAUGAAAACCACACUUUGCAGACAUGAAAAUGCAAUUCGUGUUUCGCCAAAUUGUAUUGCUCUAUUUUGUUGAUGUCAAACAAGUAGGAACAUACAUUCUUGUCUGCGUUUUAAGGAAUACCUUGGCGGUAUUUGAUGUUAAAGAAAAACUGCUUUUGGGCGGUAAGAAAAAAUGAGGUAAUGUUCUGAAACAACUUGCAACAGCAUGCCCAAUCUCAACGUCCUAGCCUUUAAAGUUCCUAAAAUCAAGAAGUUUAUACGGACGGACAGACGAACGGACAAAUGGGCGUUGCCAGAUCGAGUGAGCUGGUGAUCCUGAUCAUGCAUAUAUGUAUAUGCUUCAUUAGGGCAGCAAUCGCUUUACGUACUUUUCAACGAAUCAAUUGAAGAACUGCCCUCAACUUGGUCUCUAAAAAUCAACAUCAUUGCUCACACGUGUUUCCGUCACAGGAAAAUUUAGUCAAAGACAUGGCAGUUAUAAAGUCGUGUGCCUCAAUUAAGAAAUCAGUUGCUCAUGGCUGCAAAAACCAGGCAGAGUGCAAGCAUUGACCCAAUCGCAAGUCAAUUAAAGUGCGACGAGCGGAGACUGAAAGCCGGCAGAAGGGCAGGGCUAGACUUUUUCACGUAAAUCAAACGAUUGAGCCAAAUGACUUUUUAAUUGACUGAUGACUCUGGCAAUGCCAAGAUCCACAUACAAGGGGCCAAAAAGUUUUUCUGACGCAAAACGAGUAAACAUGUUCGCCCUAUAAUUGGAAAGAAAAUACUCGAAAGUGAAUGAAAACUUUCGUGGGCAGUCGCAUCAACUUUAUCCCAUAUCGUCGACCUCGUUGGUAUAAGAUAACGCUGUCGCGCUUUUGUCAUCAUACUUUUUGUAUACCCGUUAGAGUAAAAGAGUAUACUAGAUUUGUUGAAAAGUAUGUAACAGGAAGAAGAAAGCGUUUCCGACCAAAUAAAGUAUAUAUUAAUAAUCAGAAUAUGUACACCUCGGUCUCAGGAACUAUACAAGAAUUUUAAAUCAUAGGAUUCAGCCUUGCAAUUUGCAUAAGUUUGUAUGCACUUCAUUUUGUUCAGUGCAAGUCAGCGUACUAGAAGCAUUCGACUGUUAGUCAAGGUAAACUACUGCCGGAGCCAACCGCACGACAUCCGUCAUCCGUCAUCCGUGAUCCGUGGGAUGUGCGAUGUGAGUGAGGUCAAAUGGCGAGGAUUCCGCUGGGGGAAGGUAAAUGGAUGGGCAUCGGCAGGUCGUAAAGUGCAGUCAGCCAAGUGCCUUGCAGUCCGUCACACAGGUGGCACCAUCCAGAUCCGCACACCUUUCCACUUUCGCCCACAAAGUGUGUUGAGAGCGUGCCAUUUAUUGGCAAUUUCAUUAUUUAUAAGCGCUUUCCAUGGCAUGUAUGCUUCUACACUUGAUAACUCUGAUAGGAGGACAGGUGGACCAGCAGGCUACACUUGCCCCAUUGUCAAUUCCCCUACAAUUGACAGAGUUCCUCUACUUUCGUCACCAAUUGUCAACACUUGAACUGCGAGCAUUCUUGGAAUAUAUCAAGUAAAUAAAUUUCCCACGCCCGCGAGAUGAAUUAAUCGCUGUAAAAAGUUCAAAAUGUAUUAAUGAGCAAUGAGAAAGAAAACACAGUACAACCAAUUACAUAACGCUGAGAAUUCAAGUAAUUAAUAAUACAUUAUCCAUUUGGGUUACGUCAUUUAUGUAUAAUAGUAGUACUAUAAUAUAGUAGUACAGUUCUGAACAGAGCGAAUAGUUGUGUCCUCUUUGCCCACUGCGCUCUAUUGUCCUUGGCAGAAGCCCAACCCACUUACACCAAUUAAUGCCAAUUGAUUUGUGACGUCUGCUUGUUUAUUGUCCAUUAUGCACUGCCCUAUUCAACCACUGCGGCCAAUCCUCCCCAGUCACUUCCCACAAUUCGCGAGCACAGCCAACUGCAUCUGGUUGAUCCAGCAUCCUGGAUCCGCAUCCGCAUCCGCUUUUUGCAUGUCCUUGGGCGGGGAUAUUAGCUCUGUCAGCUGGCAAACGAAAGGCAGUUACAUAAAUAGUCAAUUUGAGUGAUUUAUUUAUGCAGCUAAUUUGAAUGCAAAACUUUUUAUUGGCAGACCCGCAGGUAAAGCGAAGGCUUGCAAAUGCUGUGACGGGCACUCAACAAAUGCAUUUACAUAAUACCCAUUCCGUUUAUUUAUCUAUUUACUGGCUUACCCAAAACCCCCCUAAAAACCCCCCAAAACCCCCCAAAUGAGCGGUUUAAACCGAAUGGACAUUAAGGGGCUUAGGCAAAUUCUUGGCCGGAAGAGUUUCUUGGCCCCGUUGCUCUUUUGACACUUGUAUAGUUUCGCUCAAUUUCAAUAAGUGUUCUUCGAUGGACGUGGGUGUGUUGUUCUUGUGUGUGUGUGUUGUCUUCGUGUGGGUGUGCGUAUUCUCAGGACUCGCAGGACAAAGGACAAAGGAGGCUGCCGAUGCUUCCGUAUCAAUUUGAGCUUCGCAGGCUUAUUUGCUUUACGCUUUACUGCAUUGAAUUCCGAAAUGGGCUCUGUCUGAAAGUGAUAGCCCAGGCACAAUACACUUCUCUGCAGAGUUUGAGUUACACAAAUCGAUGUGAGUAUCGUGAGUUCGCUUAAAGCGAGUUUAAAGUGCAGUCUUGUAGAAAUACAAUAUCAGCACAGAGAAAUGCGGGGAUCUGACGGUUAUAGUGCAGGGCGACUUGUCGCAGCAGGAGAAACGCGCCGUGUUCAUCACGGUUCACGACCUGGGCUGCAACCACAACUCGUUCCAAGAGUUCGUGAGCAGCCCCUGCAUGACGGAGAUCAAGGAGCGCUCCUGCUUCAUCCACGUGGACGUUCCGGGGCACGCGGACCACGCUGAGGCUCUGGCCGACGGGUUUCCCUUUCCCACGCUACAAUCCCUGGGCGAGGACCUGGUCACCGUGCUGGACUACCUGCACGUGAAGUACGUGAUCGGCCUGGGCGAGGGUGCCGGUGCUAAUGUCCUGGCCCGCUUUGGACUGGCCCAUCCCAGCCGGGUGCUGGGACUUAUUCUGAUCAACGCCACUGGCAGCGCCGCCAGUGUGCUGCAGUCCUUCAAGAACAAGUUCAUUAGCUGGAAGAGCGACGAGGUGGCCCAGUCGGCUGAGAGCUUCCUGAUGUACCACAAAUUCGGACACGUUAUGGAGAACUGGCAAAUCGUGGGCGAGAAUCCGGACAAGGAGAAGAUCGUGGCCGAGUACCAGAAGCGUCUUCACCGAUCCCUAAACAGCAAGAACAUCGGACUCUAUGUCAAAGCAUUUAUGAAUCGCAAGGAUCUUACGCUCAAGGGUUGCAAGGUGGAUGUCAUCCUGAUCACGGGCAUGCUGAGUCCCUAUGCAUCAAUGGUCGAGAAACUGCAUCGCGACGUGGAGAAGGAAAGGGUCACCAUUCUGAAGAUCGAGCGGGCUGGUGAUGUCCUCGCCGAUGCACCCGGAAAGGUGGCCCAAUCCAUACUGCUGUUCUGCAAGGGACAGGGUCUGCUCACCUCGGUGGUGAUGCCCGGCGUGGACCGCGGACGCGCCUUCUCCACUGCUAGCUCCGGAUCCUUCGAGGGCGCCAACGGAUCGCGGCGCCUGUCGCGCGGCAUCUCGAUGGAGGACUACGACAAGCCCAACAUCCGCCGGCUCAGCAUCAUGAACACCAAGCACAUCUUCGCCUUCAACAGCGUCUACAUGGACGCCCCACCGCCCACGAAACCUCCAAGGGGAGUGAAGUACGGCAAGGAUGAGUCCGCAGGAUGUGGCUUUCUGGUUAACGUUAUCAAGUCCCUGGGAUUCAGCGAGACCACCGAGGAGCGCCAGAAGGAGAAGCAGAAAAUUGAAGCGGAGUUCAAGCGUUCGGAUCUACGCUUAAACGAGCUGGUCUCGCGGCACGACCAGCAGCUUACUCAGGUGCUGCCCCUGUUCAGUCAGGUGUCUUCGGAGGUGACGGCCAGCCGGGAACGGAUUCAUGCCGUCAAGGAGAACCUUGGUGUUUGCAAGCGGCUGUUGCAGUGCCGGCGCGAUGAGCUUCGGAAGAUGUGGACGGACGCAGUGCAGCACAAGUACGUUCUGGAGAUGCUGGAGCAAAUCCAGGAGUUGCGCAAAGUGCCUCAAAGGGUGGUGGGCUACACCUCCAAACGACAGUAUCUGCAUGCCAGCAAGGCCUUAACUGAUGCCCUGGCCACCCUUAAUGGACCUCUACAGGCCGUCGAGGGCUUGUCAGAUUUGCGGACCGACCUACAAGCCCGACGUCAGCAGCUGUACCUGCGGCUGCAUGAGGAACUGGUCACCCAGGUGUACACCAACUCGGCCAACGAGGCCCUCUCCUCGUUCGAACGCACCAACUCUAGUCGGUUAAAUUCCAGCUUUACUCGGGGAAUAAAAGCUCGUCGCUCUACGGAUCGCAUCGAGGCCAAUGCCCGAGUGCGCAAAGCGCUGGCUGAAAUGGCACAGAGGUUUGAUUUGGACAAGGCAGAGGUUAUUGAAGACGCAGAUCUCAUUUACCCGGAGCUGAGCAUGAGCUACUUCGUUGCCAUUAUAGUGGAGUCGUUCGGAAUGCUGCACAAGGUGCCUGACUCUCUGGAAACACUGCGCGUCCAAAUCCAAACAGAAUUGCUCAACGUGGUGCGGAACACAACGCAUCUGCUGUCUGUGAAUGGAGCAACGGCGGAUACCAAUCCGCUCCUUACACUUCUGGAGGUCAUAUUUAAGCAGUUCAAGGCAAUCGCCAAAACGCAUACCUUGUUGCUGAAGAACUAUUUGUCGGUGGGACAGAAGUACUCUGUGGUUGGACCACAACCAUACGACCUGACCGAUUUCUGGGCCCAGGCUCAGUCAGUGUUGCAACUGUUGCUCACGGACUACUUGGAUAUACAGAAUGCUGCCUCGGACGAAAGUGCCCAGACUGGGUUUUCAGAGCCCACCAGCAACAUAAAUUCCUAUUUUCUAAGGCGCAAGGUACCGAGCACCAAGGGCUCAAUGUUUAAGUUUGAUAAAUCAUCGCACGUUGGCACCAGCAGCAAUAGCGACUCCCUUAAGGAGCAUCGUCGCAACGCUUCGGAUGCCUCCGUGGAUGACAACCUGGCCGCCCAGCUUGGUGGCAGUGGCAAGGGCUCCACCAGUGGCCUCUUUCGUCACGAGAAAAAGCAGCGGGAAAAAAUUCUUAUUUGUACACCUGAUCAAAAUAUCAUUACCAAAGUGUAUCUACCAUUAAUGGGAUAUAUCAAGGAGAUAGAAAACUUUAUGAAAUGCAAGCCAGGGCAACCCUGCAGUCUACAUGACUUUUUGAACAACUACAUUAAGGAUACAUUCCUAUCCAAAGGGCACAACCGCAACCUGCAGCUGACCAUAGAGUCGCUGUCGAAAAACCAAGAUGCAUGGCGUACUAUUAUAAGUCCUGAGGAAAUUAAGGCUCUUAAUCUAAGCAGGCCGUUGUUGCAGUCUACUGUGAUGGUCGAACGAAGGUUGAUGGAAACUAGGAACCUCAUUCAAGACUUGCCCUGUUACUCUGAAGACCUGCUUAAGAUGGUAUGUGCUUUGUUGAAGGCCUAUCGGGAAAUAUGUCAGGCGGCCUACCGCGGAAUCGUGCAGCCAGAUUCGGAGGAUAAGAGAAUUUACAGCGUCGCAUGGCUAAAAGAUGAAGAUAUCAGCAGGUUUUUAAAAACGCUUCCCAACUGGACAGAUUUAAAGACCUCCAGUCAGAAGUCGCGUCACAACCGAAAACUUCAUCGUGGAAGCUUUGAGCCGUCGGAAGAGGAGAGCCCGUUGCAGGUACAGCAGCGCAACAUCCGCGAAGCUGAAAUGUUGACCAGUAAUCUAGGCGAGGGUGGGAUCACCCAGCAAGAGAUUUUGGUCGAUAUCAGUGUUCUUAAGGAGCUCGCCAUACUGCAGGAGAGCAUGGAGUGGUUUUCGUGCCGCGUUUCGGAAUUUGCCAACGAUUUACGCCGGCCGUUGGUAAACGGACUGAACGCCGUUUCUGCUGAGUGUGGCGCUGACAUUGCAGUGAAGGAUGGGACGAUCAAAGUAAUGACUAAUCUAGCUUUGGAGUUUGAUGAACUGGCGAACACUUGCCUGCUGGUAUUGCAUUUGGAGGUGCGCGUUCAAUGCUUCCACUAUCUCCGCUCGAAGUCGAGUGUAAGGACCAACAGUUAUGUGGGCUCCAAGGAUGACAUCCUAGAGCCUGACCGCCAGGUUCAAGUGCUGACCAAACGACUGUCUGAGAUGGAUGAGGCGUUUAGUGCCACUCUACAUCCAAGAAAGACCCGGUACAUUUUUGAGGGUCUGGCGCACUUGGCAUCGCGCAUUCUUAUCCAGGCCUCCAAUUAUCUGGAGCACAUAGAUCAAAUAACCGUGCAACGCAUGUGCAGGAACGCGAUUUCCCUGCAGCAAACAUUGAGUAACAUAACUGCCUCCAGGGAAGUGGCUUUGGAUCAGGCAAGGCACUUUUAUGAGCUGCUUUGCAUGCAGCCAGAUGAAAUACUCAAUGCGUUGCUGGAGCGGGGCACUCAGUUCUCAGAGAUGCAGUUGCUUAAUGCCUUGCAAUUGUCCUGCAAGUCCUUUGGCAUAACCGACGCCAAUCUCUUGGCUUCCUAUCAGCAGAAACUGUCGGACAUACUAGGCGCCAAGCCCUCCAAGGGAGUAAUUGUGUAGUUAACGUGGCAGCCGGUGGGGAAAUCACUUUAUAUAUCAAUGCUAUUGUGUACAUCGGCUGUAGGUGUAAGAACAAAUUGUGCACUCGUGUUAAGCUCAAAAUAAUAACUGUUCUAAACAUGUUUGGCGAGCGCUAAAUGUUACGAUGUUGCCGAUUGUAAAGUUCUUGAACAGUACUUUAAUGGCUUGUACACAAUAAAUGAGAAUUCAACAACGAUGUUUUGACGGUAUUAAA